GUCCCGCCCCGAAUACACGCCACCGGGAUUUCGGAGUCCUCGAAAAUUAUCGCGAGCAGCACGUGCACCGCGGGGACGAGUGUAUCGCCGGCGUUCGAAACGGUCGCAAGUGGAUUGAUGCCGUUUGCCUUUACGGAAUAACGAUAACCGUCCGGAUUCGUGGAUGAAUACAGAUUACAACCAGUUUAGCAGAAUGACAAUGGACGUCCACCAGCACAGAAACGUGACGACGGCCGCGUCCUCGUCGCCGCCGUCGCGGUACUCGCCGCCAGUGGCCGCCGGUAUCGCGCAGCCCGUACAGACAUCGUUGCCCGCGGCCGUGGUCGCACUGCACCAGAGGCCGCAGAAGCGAAGUUUCGACGUGGCGUUCUUGAUGGCACCGGACGACUUGAGCAAGCGAAGACCGCGACCACUGCAGGCCACGCAGCCCGUCGCCCGGUCCGCGUUCACUAAAGUGUCACCGGACCCGCCGUCAUCGCUGUCGCCUGCGUCGUCGCCGGCCACGCCACCUCCAUCGGAUUUCGCCGCUUACAUGCACCACGGACAGCUCCAUCACCAGCAACAUCAACAGCUCCUCUCGCAUCACCAGCCGCAACAAGAGUGCAGCCUCAGUCCACCACUGCCGCCGGCCGCGGCGCACUUUAUGUCACCGUUUCCGCUUGGCUUCCGGUCGCCGUUCGCGCUGAUGAUGCCGCCCCGGCCGCAGCCCACCGCGGUCGGCUGCAAAGACUAUCAGUCGCCACUCCAACCACCACCGCCGUCGCACCACCAACAUCAGCAGCAGCAGCAGCAGCAGCAGCAACAGCAACAGCAGCAGCACCACCACCAGCUGCAGUCGCUGCCGUCGCCUUCGCCCCUGCAGUUCGGGCAAGCGGCUGCUGCAGCGGCGGCCGUGGCUGCGCUCCCGGCCAUGCUGUUGCCCGCGUCAAUCGCCGCGGCCGCGCUCACGUUGCCGUCGCAAAACGUGUGCGCCAAGUGUAACGUGAGCUUCCGCAUGACUUCCGAUCUGGUGUAUCACAUGCGAUCGCACCACAAGGGCGGCGACGGCAACAGUGGCGGUGGCGCCGGUGGCGGUAUCGGCGGCGGCGGCGUUGGCGGAGGGCCGUCGGCGGGCGUCGGUGCAGAUGCCAAGAAACGACGAGACAUGGACAAGCUCCGGUGUCCGGUGUGCGACGAGAGCUUCCGGGAGCGGCACCACCUGACGCGGCACAUGACCGCCCAUCAGGACAAAGAGGGCGACCGGCUCGACGACGAAGAUGACGCGCCGAUGCAGCAACAGCACCACCAGCCGCUUCAGCACCAGCACCAAGGGGCUAAAUGACGUAAGGCGGCCGCGGGCGGACGGAGGCGCAACGCCUCGUACUCACGCUUUGCGGACGACCAUCGCGUCUAGACGCCCCUCCUCUCUCAUCGCCACUCAUACGUCCUUCCCUCCCCUCCGUCGACCAGCCACCUCUCCCCAGCAACGUUGAGCGAAUCUCAUUGCUCGUCCGUUAAGCGUACGAUACGUCAUAUUAUCACGAUUCAGUGUAGGUGCCUCGAGUCACUGCAAACGGUGCGCAGCGGUAUAAUCUUGUUCGAAUGGUGUGUUGCGUGAACUUUCGUCGUAAGUACACGAAAAAUCUAAAGCCAUACACAUAUUAUUACAUGUCCUCACGCGAAGAUCUCUCCAGUCAGACGACUCUUGUGUAAACAGGGUGUAUCACAACGAUCUGAUACAUUCAAAUGUAAUUUUAAUGUAAAACUGUCAUAUCUCCACGAUACACCGUGUAUAUAAUAUUAUAUAAUAUAGAUUUAUCUGACUAACAUGUAUGUAUGUCUUAAUUGAUUUAUUGGGUUUAUUUUACGAACAAUUCAUAAUCUUAUUUUUAAUUCAAUAAAAUAUUCGAAAAUACAAAACAAAGUGAAAUUUCAACGAAGAUCGGACUAUAUUAUACUGUCCUGUUACCGAAGUUUUAAUCAACGUUUCAAUUUAAUAGUUCUUAGAAUACAUUGAAAUCAUAUUAUUCGUCGAUAUAAAAAAAUUGUAUGUAUAUCCUAAAUAUAUAGACCAAUAUAUAGGUACCAAUAUUAACCGUGAAUGUAACACACUAAAUAAUAUAGGUGUUUAUAGGAAUCUUUUUAAAUGUAUACCCAAAUACCCAUCCUCAUUUCACACAGAUCUCGUUAUGUUAUAGUUAAUGAGAUUUGUUUUAUAGAAAUAUAUUAUUCACAACAAUUGUAAUAUAUACCUACACAGUUGUUUCUUUUCGCAUGUUUUUUAUGUUAUAGAAUCGUGUAGCUUAACGCGAAUUCGCGUUCAAAUAGGAUUAAAAAUUAACUACGACCAAGACGGCUAUAAUUUUCAAUUACUUUGCAUGGAUAAUAUGUAUAAUAUUUUUUACUCGAAUUCGAUUUUGGCCGGUCUUGUAGUUUUCUUUUUUUACACAGCAUAUAUAUAUAUGUAUGUAUACACUUUACCCUCUAAUGCGAAAACAAGGGUGACCAUUAGGGUCGACAAAAAUGACAAAUGUCCAUACAAAUCAUAGUCGAAUACGAGUAAUAAUUAACCGUGUCCACGAGGGUUGGUUGAGGGGUGGGAAAAUUUAAUUCUGUAAUGGGGUCCGAUAAAUAGAUUAAAAUGCCCCUUUGGCCUUAAUAAAUAUUGUCACGUGAUCACUGUUUGUAUGAUUUUAGUAUUAAAAUUAAAUGGACCGAAAUCAAAUGAUAGCGAUUUUAAAAUUCAUUUCUAUAAUAUUACAUCUGUAGGACUACCUAUUCACGCACUACACUUUCCCUACGUGGUAUUUCGUUAUGACGUAUGUAGUGAACUCGUCAAUACUGUAUAGAUGCGUGUGUGUGUGUGUGUGUGUAUUAUCAUUGUUACUAAUUUUUUGAUAAAUUGUAAAAUAUAUCCAGUUAGUCAGUAUAUCGUUUUAUAAUGUCUCGAUAAUAUUAGGUUCCAUAUCCUCUGUUUAUAAACAAUACAUAUUAAUUAGCUACUAUUGAAUGAAUGGUUCAUAAUAUUUUAAAUUAAACUAAAUUAAUCGAGUGUGUCAAUAUAAUAGUAAUUAUGUUUAAGUGUAUUUUCUAUUGUAUAAAUAUUAUUUAAUCUAAAUAUUGUUACUGAAAUUAAUCGUUAUUUAGCGUUUUACUAUUUCUUAUUUUGUUUUAUGUUAAAUUGUGUUUCUAUGUGUCAUAUAAUAUAACCAUUAGAGGUACAUAACAUAAUUUAUUAUUAUAUCUUCUUUUUGCUAUGCAUGCAUAGAAAGUCAAGUGUCUGAAUUGUUAUUCGCUAAAUUAUUGUUAGUAUUGAUUAGAAA